UCAUGAACUAGCCACGACAUUGAUCUGCCAUCUAUCCCUAUUCAGGUAUACGAAGCAACUGCCCCAGGAACCGUUGUGGUCCUCCCCAAAUUGAGCGGAGAAGAAGAUCAACAGGUUCAGCUUCCAAUAUGGUCACCUAUGUAAUCAUUCGCCAUUCGAGUAUGACCUCACUAGACUAUCAACCCCGAAAGCUCAAUUGCCAAGGAUCUAUAUCAUCAUCCCCCAAUGAUGCAAAGUUGAUAUGGGGAAAACCCAUAAUCCAUGGACCGCAAUCACAUCAGCCACAUCCGUUUUUAUCGCCCUGGACCACGGGCUCGUCUCGCCCCAAAAGGGCGGGCCGACACAUCCCUACCAAUUCCCAUCGAAGAAACAUACCCUGUCCGCCGAAACAAAGGACCCCUAGCCAGAUAUUAUUACCUACCCAUAUUUGCUACAAGAUCCCCCUCCCCCGAUUCAAGCAUGUGUAUGUAUGCCUAAGGUGUACACACACAGCAAAGCAACAACCGGAUCCAGACCCGCGGCGGCCGUCCACCACCACACAUACACACACACGCACAUCGUCAACCCCGAAACCUGUUUCAAUGCGGCACCUCCCCGUUCCGGUCGUCAUUGUUGGCUCUUGAUCUGCACAAGCAGCACACACACAUCCGUAUCACACGCCAUAGUAACCCAGUCCCAACUCUUCCUGCUACCUCCCCCCUAAACUGAACUACU